AUGGGCUUAGUUAGGAAUGUUCCAGUGGAAUGGUCAAUGGAGGAAUUAAUUCAGAACUUAAAAGUUCCAAUGGGUUUCGGUGAGGUUGUUCGCGCUCGUAGAUUGAGCCGUAAAUCAGUCUCUGAAUCCAACACGACUGUGUGGAUCCCUACACAAACCAUAGUCAUAACUUUUUCUGGUCAAAAACUCCCUCCUCAUGUAUACGCUUUCUACACUUCUCUUCCGGUUGAAACGUACAUCCUCCCCAUAAUUCAAUGUAACAGAUGCUGUAGGUUUGGCCACAUCAAGACUGUUUGUAGAUCAUCUCCAAGAUGCUUCAAAUGCUCCCAAUCACAUGAAGGUGAUUCUUGUGUUGCUCAGUCUCCCACCUGUCUCCAUUGUUCCGGGUCCCAUCCAGCGAAUGAUCCUAAGUGCCCUGAAGCUGCUAGACAGAAAGAAAUAAAAAUUGUUAUGUCUCAGGAUAAUAUCUCCUACCCGGAAGCUUCAACCAGAUUCCCUAAGGUCCGUAGAUCAUUUAUGGAUGCUACAAUAUCUACUCACCCCUCUUCUAAUUCCCGUCAAAAAGUGCCUCCAUCUUCCACUGUAUCCUACAAAAAAAAAAAAAACAGUCUAUAA